AUGUUACACCUGACGCUAACGUCCAGCUGUCCCUCAGGCCUCUUCAGGGCCGCUGUCCCCAGUGGAGCCUCCACCGGAGUCCACGAGGCCCUGGAGCUCCGUGACGGAGACAAGAGCCGCUACCUGGGCAAAGGUACCAUAAAGGCUGUGGAGCACGUCAACAAGGACAUCGCCCCCAAGCUGAUCGAGAAGAACUUCAGCGUCGUCGAGCAGGAGAAGAUCGACAAGUUCAUGCUGGAGCUGGACGGCACCGAGAACAAAUCUCAGUUCGGUGCUAACGCCAUCCUCGGUGUGUCGCUGGCUGUCUGUAAGGCCGGAGCAGCAGAGAAGGGAGUUCCUCUUUACCGCCACAUCGCCGACCUUGCCGGACACAAAGAUGUCAUCCUGCCUGUUCCUGCCUUUAACGUGAUCAACGGAGGCAGCCACGCUGGGAACAAGCUGGCCAUGCAGGAGUUCAUGAUCCUGCCAGUCGGAGCCGCCAACUUCCACGAGGCCAUGAGGAUCGGAGCCGAGGUUUAUCACAACCUGAAGAACGUCAUCAAGGCCAAGUAUGGGAAGGACGCCACCAACGUGGGAGACGAGGGCGGCUUCGCCCCCAACAUCCUGGAGAACAACGAGGCUCUGGAGCUGCUGAAGACGGCCAUCGAGAAGGCCGGCUACCCCGACAAGAUUAUCAUCGGCAUGGACGUGGCCGCCUCAGAGUUCUUCCGCAGCGGGAAGUACGACCUGGACUUCAAGUCGCCUGACGACCCGUCCAGACACAUCAGCGGCGAGCAGCUGGGAGAUCUGUACCGCAACUUCAUCAAGAACUACCCCGUUCAGUCCAUCGAGGAUCCAUUUGACCAGGACGACUGGGAGAACUGGUCCAAGUUCACCUCCUCUGUGGACAUCCAGGUGAGACAGACAGACAGGUGACCAUUCCA